AUGGAAUCUGACUUCGGCUACACCAACGACCCUGAUGGGUACCUUCUCUUGAAGAUCUCCCAGCUCAUUGAACUUCUGGAGAUUCGGCACUCCGUUUUCCUGAUGGGCAAUCCCGGCAGCUUCAAAUCCUUCCUCUGGAAGGUACUGAAGAAUGCCAAGACAAAGCGUGGUGACAAGACCACAGUUAUCGACUUUAGCCCCAAAGCAAUCACCACCAACGAGCUCUAUGGAAGUGUGAACAUGUACACCCGCGAGUGGAAAGAUGGCAUCCUGUCAAAGACCAUGCGCGACCUGGGGCAGAUUCCUGACACGCAUCCAAAGUGGAUCAUGCUUGAUGGUGAUUUGGAUGCCAACUGGAUUGAAUCAAUGAACAGCGUCAUGGAUGACAGCAGGCUCCUGACCCUGCCAUCGAACGAGAGGAUCCCGCUGAAGAUGCACAUGAAGAUGAUUUUCGAGAUCCGUGAUCUGAACUACGCAACCCCUGCUACGGCAACAAGAGCUGGUAUUGUGUGCAUGUCAGACAAGGAAGGCGUCCAGUGGCAAUGCUACGUGAAAUCAUGGAUCAAGAAGUCCACCUACCCGGAACCCUUCAAGGAGCAGCUCUCACUCUUGUUCGACAAGUACUGCUCUCCAACUCUUUCGUGGAUACGCAAGUCGACGAAAAUUCAGGUUCCAUACGUCGAAGUUGCCCUGAUCUCCGCCUUGUGCAGCCUCCUGGAUGCCCGCCUCCCAUCCCACAACCUCGAGGCUGUGGAGGCCUGGUUUGUCUUCUGCACCAUCUUUGCCACCGGGAGCAGUCUCGCCGAAGUGGAUGGUGUGGACUACCGCAAGGCUUUCAGCAACUGGUGGAAGAAUGAGAUGAAGACCAUCAAGUAUCCGACAAAGGGGCUCGUGUUUGACCUGUAUGUUCGCGAUUCAAGGUUGGAGGAAUGGAGUACCUUGGUGGAACCACUGCAGUACAGGAGCACAACGCCCAUGGGGGAGGUCACUGUGCCAACUACAGAAACAGUUUGCCUGGACUAUUUCAUGAAGGCCUUAAUCGAGGUGAGCCACCCCGUGAUGCUUAUCGGCUUAGCCGGCUGCGGAAAGACGCAGUCCUGCACGGGUCUUCUGAAGAGGUUGGACCCUGAGGUCUUCAUGGGGUACAAGAUGAACAUGAGUUUCUACACGGACUCCACCAUGCUCCAGACCAUGAUGGAGAUUCCACUUGAGAAGAAGGCAGGGAGGCUGUAUGCUCCUCCGGGCAAACUUCAGAUGAUCUACUUCAUUGACGACCUCAACAUGCCAGCACUGGACAAGUAUAACACCCAGUCGGCCAUCGAGCUCAUCAAGCAGAAGCAGGACUACAAUCAUUGGUAUGACCGGGUAAAGAUCCAAGUCAAGGACAUUGGCGGCACGCAGUACCUAUGCUGCAUGAACCCCACCGCUGGAUCUUUCAUCGUCAAUCCGCGGCUUCAGCGGCAUUUCUGGACCAGCUCAGUGCAGUUCCCCGAGCAGAACGCCUUGAACCUGAUCUACUCAACCUUCAUGAGGGGUCACUUCGACACACUGCCCUUCAAGGUGCAGGUGCAGGAGAUCUCGAACUGGGUCAUCAAAGCUGCCCUCAACUUCCACACCCAGGUGAGCGCAACCUUCCGGAAGACAGCCCAGAACAUGCACUAUGAGUUCAACAUCCGUCACAUGAGCGGGGUAUUCUCAGGCCUCCUCAAGGCUCUCCACUUGCCCAGGUGGCUGCUAAGGAACUUAAAUUUAGUUACCAUAAUGGGUAUAUAUAGUAAAUAA